AGCUGCCUGCCAUCUCUAAGCCCAGCUCUGAGUGGUGGGGCUCCACCUCUGCACCCUGCAUGGAAGCCAGGAGCGGGGCUCCCAGAAGGCAGCUGUGCCCAGCUGGGGUGAUGCUGCUGGCCUUGGCCUCUCUGCUGAGCUGCUGGCUGCCGUCCGGCCAAGCCAAGGUCUACAGUCGCUGCGAGCUGUUCAGAGUGCUUCAGGAUUUCGGCCUGGAGGGAUACCGGGGUUACAGCUUGGCUGACUGGCUCUGUCUUGCUUAUUUCACAAGUGGCUUCGACUCAGCUGCUGUGGACCAUGAAGCUGAUGGGAGCACCAACAAUGGCAUCUUCCAGAUCAACAGCCGGAAGUGGUGCAAAACUCUCCAGGAAAACACCGCCAACCAGUGCGGGACAUACUGCACUGACUUACUGAAUCCUAACCUCAAGAGUGCUGUUCUCUGUGCCAUGAAGAUAAGUCAACAGCCCCAGGGUCUGCGCAGCUGGGACGCCUGGAAGCGUCACUGCAUGGGAAAGGACCUCAGCGACUGGGUGGAUGGCUGUGACGUGUAG